AUGGAUAGCCAUGGAACCGGAAUGCCACUCUGGGCGGGAAAAGAUGACAUCAAGGAGUAUCUGAAGUUGGUGAACAGAAAUGGAAAGGCGCUGGAAUACUGCAUGUUUCAACCCGGGCUUUUUCUCAACUAUCUCGCAACUCCUCACCGGACAGCCGAGUACCUGACACAGUUGAACACCUUUGCUGAUCUUGAAAAUCGUCGCGCCAUCGUCAUCGAUGAGCUAGACCCGGUCGUCAGCAUGACGACAGUUCAGGAUAUGGCGGCAGUUCUGGCACGCGCUGUGGACUUUGAAGGCGAGUGGCCCGAAGUCGGAGGCAUCCAAGGAAACAACCUUGCUAUCUCGGAAAUCGUUGACGUUGGCAAACGUUUGCGCGCGUUUCGCCACCAUAGCGUUUCAGAAGAGGAGGCAGAUAAGAUGUUUGAAACGGUCCUUGUGGGCAUACUUCUUGGCUGUGCCAAAGGUGCCUGGGAAGUUUCAGACGAGUGGAACAAAUUGCUGCCAGACUUCAAGUUCACCAAGGUUGUGGAUUUUGUGGCGGACGUAUGGAGCGGAAAGCUAUAA